AGCCUGGCCCACCCUCAUCCUGGUUUCAGGUUGGAGAGACUUUCUCGAUCCAUUCCAGAGCAAGUCCAGUCACGUCAGGACACGCCGCUGCUUCAGUCCUAGUUAAAUCCUCGUCUGCUGCGAAACCUCCGAUAAAACAGACUCCAACGCCUCAAACAGACGCCCAGAGACGAGCACGAUGCAGGCGACGGGUUUGCACUCGGCUGUGAGGGUCGUUCAGAUGUUUCUGCUGGUUUCUGGAGUCUGUCUCGCUGUGGACCUGGACAUCACGUAUCACAACCGCAACACUGACUGUGGACAAAAUGUGACGCUGACAUGUGCCGCCACCUCGACCAAGCAGCUGGAAAUUAAAUUCUUCACCUGGAUGUUUAAGAGCAAAGAUAUGUGCAACGAAACUGAGCCGGAGGUUCAGUGCAACCAAACAGAAAACACACUCAGCCUGGAGCUCUUCAACGUGAUGCCCGUGGACGCAGGAAUAUACAUCUGUAAAAUACGCGCCAUGCAGGGAGCAAAAGCCAAACCAAUUAACAUCACGGUGGAAGAGUGCAGAGGAAGUUCCGACUCCACCACGAACGCGACCACGGCUCGGUGCUCCUUCAGUGGAGUUUACCCCAGCGGAGUCGUCCACUGGCUCCAGGAAGACGCCAACUUAACAACCGCCGCCAGGACGGAGGAAAAGAUGGACCAAGAAGGACGCUACGAUAUCUGGAGCACGAUGGAUGCGAAGGAAGGAAACAAGAGCCAGCCCUUCAACUGCUCCCUCUGGAUCCCUUCUCUGGGGAAGUAUCUCUCCUCUCAGCAGGUUCGUGUUGGGUCAUCAGGGCACCUGGUGGCGCUGCGCUGGAUCUGCGUGGUGCUGGAAAUCAUCACGCUUUCUUUUAUCGUGUGAAGAAACGAGGGCGCAAACUAGACUGAGCUGUGGACUAGAAAAGCAGCACUGGAUCCGCUCCAGGUCCACAGCAUCUUCUACGUUUAUUCAUAAAAAUGACUCAAAACAUCCACAGAGAAAUAACAGAGAGAACACAAAAGUAUGUGAACCAGUUUCUUCAAUAGCAUCAACUAACUCCUCAGAUCAGAGAUGUUGGUGGUUUCAUCUCAUCAACUGAUGCUACAACAUUUCUACUGGAUUAAAGUUUCCUUUGCUUCCUUGUCUAGUUUCACAAUCUGCUGAUGUUUUGAGUCAUUUGUUCUGCACAAAAUUGCGUGCAACAACCUUUUAAACUGUACAUAUGCGGCUAAGAAACAGAUUUAAAAUUAAGAUUAAGGUUGAGGGUCGACUUCGAGUGGUUGGGAUAAGAUCAGAACAUACACAUUCCUCCUUUUUACAGCAAACUUUCUGGAUCCUCCUUGAAGCACUUGACCAGGGAGGAGGUAUUUUCUUAUUGUCUGCAAACAUUAUCGUGUUUUGAUCUUCAUUCAUCUUCCAUUCUCUCAGAUGAGUUCAGGGAAUGUGUCUCUCACAUUAAGGAACUGUCUAAAGACUUUCUUUUUCUUUCUUUCUAAAGAAAAGUCGUAACAAACAACACACAGAGUCCUGGCUGCUCGCAGACUGUACUCAUUUCUGCUGGGAAUAUUUCUCCUCGUUUAUUUCAUGUUUUCACUGAAGCUCCUUUUUGUGCUCGUGAGAAUGAAAGUGGUGCAUUUUUAAAGAUGCUGUUCAUAUAAACAUUAGCCGGAAGCUUUUUGAGCUCCACAUCAGAAACACACUGACGUUAAACUGCUUUAAUGAGCCAGAAACUUCUGAAAUGUCCUUUAAGCAGCCAGGAGGGGGCAGCAUUUCCUUUCAAGAACAAUAAGAACUGAUUCAUGGUGACUUUUACACUAGUGUUGAAUGAUGUAAAUAAAACAAUUAUAAAUAAAGCUUCUGUAUUUUUCAAUCA